AUAGAGAAUCUUCAAAAUGGUGGAGUUAAUAUUGUGCAUCUUUGAUCAAUUUUGUAGAUGUUGGGAUACUCAUCUAGUAAAUAAGAUCAUGCUAUUUUGAAAGAUAAAAUGGUGGAGCAGUGAUUCAAAAUAUUGUGACUGAUUUUAAUUGAUCUGACAUGGCCGUGAAAACACUGGAAAACUUUCGUGUCUCAACAAUGUUGGCCACUGGGUAAUAAUCGUUUGUUUUGCUACAAAAAUGACGUAAAUUACCAGCAAAAAUUUUAUAUUAUUAUUUUAAAACUUGUAUUAUACAAUUAGAUGACCACUUAUGUAACUACAUUUACAACAAUAUGUGGUUUUAUGACCGAUUUAUUCCCUACUAGCACCUUGUUGAUUGUCUACCUAUCAUGGUAAAAGAAGGGCAUUCAGGAUUUGGAAACCCAACCUACACUUCCUGGCUGAUUGAAGCUGUUAGGAAAGUUAAAUAUCAAAAACAGCGGCCCAGUUUUGACAGAAUAUGUCAUGCCAUUCUACAAAACCACAAAGUUAGCCGUGAUUCCAUAAAGGAACAGUUAGAGUUGUCGGUAAAGGAUGGAUCAAUUUUAAAAGUUUACAACAAAGGUUUGGUAACUUACAAGGACCCAGACAGAAUUUUAAAAUUGCGUACAAGACGUCUUAAAGUUGGGAAAAAAGCAGACUUGACCAAAAUUAUCGUAAGAUCUGUCAAAGAACUGGGUGAAGUUGGUGGAUCAACACUGAAAAAUAUUGAAAAAUUCAUCUUGAGAAGUUAUAAAAUUGAACUUUGUGAUGACGUCGAGUUGAUAAGUCAGUUACGUCUCUCCCUAAAGCAGGGAGUGAGAAAAGGAACUCUUGUUCAAGAAGGUCGUCAUGUGAAAUUGGGAGCACUUUCUGAAUCGGACUCUGUUGGUUCCAGUAGUAGCAGUUUCCAAAGUUUUGAAGAAGAUAUUGGUUCAAACAUCAUUCUUCCAUUUGAACGACACAAAAAAUGUGCCCGUCCAUUACCUAUCUGCAGUUUUUGUCUUGGUACUGCUGAGAAGAACAGACAUGGUGAAGAGGAAGUUCUCAUAUCAUGUGCCAACUGUGGAAACAGUGGUCAUCCAUCUUGCCUCAAAUUUUCCCCUAGUCUUGCCGAAAAAGUGAGAACGUUAAGGUGGCAGUGUAUUGAAUGCAAGAAGUGUUCAUUUUGUGGAAAGUCUGGGAAGGAGGAUAACAUGCUAUUUUGUGAUGCCUGUGAUCGUGGUUUUCAUAUGGAAUGUUGUGAUCCACCAUUAACCAAAGCUCCUAAAGGCACCUGGGAAUGCAAUAUCUGUGAUCCGGAUCGAGGAACAAAGAAAGGCCGUCACUUUCUGGAAAUGGCAGCUAGGUACACGGCCAAGUACAGGGCCCAGGCUAAGGCACAGGCAGCUAAGCUACUGGCCAAAUCUAAAGCAAACGCUAAGGGCAACUGUCACAAGAAAUUUGUGGAUUCCAAAAAGCGAGGUCCUCGAAAGAAAAAAGGUGAUACAUCGUUGACAAAUGGCGAAGAGUUGGACUCCUCAGGUGAGAAGAAGGGGAAACACAGUUCGGCAUCGUCGAGCGAGUCUGAUGGCAAUGACUCGGACACGACCACCUUUGAACCCUUCCUGACCAUGAACAAGCCGAAAGGCUUAGUAGAUGGUUUGACUCAAUUCUUCACACCCAGCAACAAGCGCAAAUCUAGAGUUUCUCUUAGUUCACUGCAAACCGAUUAUUUAAGUGUAGUCAGGGCCUCGAAACAAGGCAAACAAAACCAGAGCAAAUCGCAGCAGGCUGCGAGCAAACUCUUGAAAAAAUCCAAACGUCUUCAAGUUAAUAAGGGUCGUAAAAGACUGGGAAAACCUCCGGGCAGCGGGCAGCUUAAAGGCCUUUUCGAUGGGUUGUCUCAUUUAUUCAGUGCCCAAGGAGAGAGAAAGAGAAAUUUUGCCGAUUAUUCGCUGCAGAAGCGGAGAAGGAAACGGACAGAUACGUCCGCUGAUAAAAACGUGUCUGAAAGUGCUCCAUCACCACCACGACCAUGUGUUCUGGGAGGGAUUAAGGAUUUUUCUGGGCUUAGUGCAUUUUAUAGCCCAUCAUUCUCAUUUCUGGGUAUGGGUAGGGGUAGAGGUAACGACAUGUUUGACUGGCGAUUACAAAUUGGUGACACGAGCGUCAAGCUGAAAGGAAGAGGACGGGGUUUUUCUCUCAAAGCUGUGGACUCGUCACCGAAGGACGGACGAGGGAGAGGUCGCGGGUCCAAGGAAUGUGAGAAAGUGCCUGAACUGCCGCCGGGUGUGACGGACAUGGAUGUCGAACUGUUCAAGCGGGCAAAAGAGAUGGCACAACUGUCCUGUGGACAGGUGAGCAUGCUUGCCUACCCAUUGUCGCCAGCUUCAAGUAGUACGCCCAUUAAGGAAAAGAAAAAAAGAAAAAAAAGAAAAUUGUGGCUGAAAAAAAAAGCUUCCAGCUCCUCGGAACCUCCAGCGGAACCACAGCAUCGGUUUCCUCCGUGUAUAGAGUUUGGAAAGUAUGAAAUACAGACAUGGUACUCGUCGCCAUAUCCCCAAGAAUAUGCCAGAUUACCAAAGCUUUACAUAUGUGAAUUUUGUUUAAAGUAUACCAAAAGUCGCAGUAUUCUCAGUCGACACAUUGAGAAGUGUGGUCUGCAUCACCCACCGGCCAAUGAGAUCUACCGUUGUGGGGACAUCUCUGUGUUUGAGGUGGACGGCAACGUCAGCAAGAUCUACUGUCAGAACCUGUGCUUGCUGGCCAAGCUGUUUCUGGAUCACAAAACCUUGUACUACGAUGUUGAACCAUUCCUCUUCUAUGUACUUACACUCAACGAUGAUGCAGGCUGCCAUCUCGUAGGGUACUUCUCAAAGGAAAAGCACUGCCAACAAAAAUAUAAUGUGUCAUGUAUCAUGACAAUGCCACAGCAUCAACGCAAAGGUUUUGGUCGCUUUCUCAUAGAGUUCAGUUAUUUAUUAUCCCGUAUUGAAGGUCAGCCAGGCUCUCCUGAAAAGCCUCUGUCUGAACUGGGCAGAGUAAGUUACAUGGCGUACUGGCGCAGCAUCGUUAUGGAAUACUUACACAAAUUCAAAGAUGCCAAGCUUACCCUCAAAGGCAUUAGCAGAGAGACUGGGAUAUGUCCGCAUGAUAUAGCUAAUACGCUGCAACAGAUCAACUUCAUGAACAAAGUCAAUGGCAAGAUUGUGAUAUCGGUGAAUCAAAAAAAGAUUGAAGAGUACAUGAACCGGAUGCAGUCGAAACUUCAGCAGCGUGUCGCACUGGAUGCCGACUGUCUGCGGUGGACGCCUCUAAUAUCUAAUCAAACCCUCCUUGAGGAGGAGAGACGUGCCGAGAAAGAGGUGGGUCAUCGAUUCCGGAUUCGUCUGGGCGCUCCUACAACCUCUCGCUACUAUAGGCUUCGUGAGAUGACCGAGGUUGUAAACAGCAUUGCCGAGGACAGGCGCAGACUGGAAAUGCUGGCAGCUGAGAUCAAAUCGUACAGUCCAAUAAAACAGGCGUUGAGUCCAUGUCAGGAGAUACCCAGUCCAGUCAAGACCCCACCCAGUCCACCGAAACCUGCUCCCAAGAAAAGGGGACCGAAAAAGGGUUGGCGAAAGAGAUUAAAUGAAAGCAAGUUGAAUGAGGAACCAGCUACAAAAAAAGCCAGACGCAACACAGUGACAGAGAUUGAUGAUGGAGACACGGACGAAAUGUCUAAGGAAAAUGUUGAGGUUCACCGAUCACCCAACAAGGCUGACAAGAAUGUUGCAGGUAGAAAACCCACAAAGAAUGGACCAAAAAACGUGUACAGAACCCCCAAGAGUGAGUCCCAAGAGAAAAUGGACAUGGAAACAUCUGUUGAGGAUGGUGUGGUUCUGAAUGAAGGGGCUCAGAAUACGGCGAAGGUCAAACGAAAGCGAGGCUGGCCGAAAGGUUUGAAGAGAGGACCUGCAACCCAUUUAAAGCGAGGGCCAAAGAAGAAGAAACCAAAUUUCACCAAGAAGGGACCCGGCCAGAAGACGGGCAAGAAGGUUCCUGGCAGGAGGGGAAGACCGCCUGGGCGACCACCCAAGGUGAUUCGUCAAACAGAUCUUGAAUCUCAGUCUAAUUCCAAAGGCAGCAAUUGUGAUAAUCAUUCCGAAGAUAGUGAUACUAGUUUGAAAUCACCAAAACUGAAUGGGACAGAUGAAAACGGAAAUAAUAAUUGUGAUAUGGACACAACAGACAGAGGUGUUGUCGAAAAAACGUUUUUAGGCAAAACUGUUGCCACUGCGGUCGGUUGUGAUGUGACAUACGAAACAGAAUCCAACAGUGUGGUGGAGAACGACAAAGAUCGUGAUAGUGACAAAUCUGACGCCGAUGACAACAAUGUCAGUGACGAAGAUGAUGAUGACGAAUCAUCUAAAGAAGACUCUCAAUCGAAAGACUCAGACGAAGAAUCAGAGAAGUCAGACAGUGAUGACAGUUCAUCAAGUGAUAACGACAGCGACGACGAGAGUGACAAUGACAGUCAAUCAGAGGCUGAUGAGAAAGAGCAGAAUGAAAAUGCUGAGAGAACAGUUGAGAAGGCCGAGGUGGCUGACGAUGUUGACGGAGACCAGAAAAAUGAUGCCGAUGUCGACACCUCAGACUCCAGCAGUUCGUCAUCGUCUGACGAAGAUGAUGACGAUGACACCAUGGAUGAUGCCGUGAAGGAAGUGGCCAAGCUGAAGAGCCCGGCCAGCUUGGAGCAGCAGAGAGCACAAGUGCCUAGCGAAUCGUCCGGCCCACCAGAGCCAAGUCCAGCCGUCGAACCCCUGGAGUGCAUUUCCGACACCAACAGCAAUGACAAUCCCGCUCCCCUAACACCCCAAGUGCCCACGCCGAAACCAUCCAUCGUGGAACCGACCUCGCCAAAGUGUCCCGUUCCCAGUCCUCCUAUGCAGAUUGAUUCGGAGCCGGAAGAGAAGACGGACGUGUUUAAGGAGUGUUCAGUUCCUGACGAGGUGUCGCAGUCGGACCCGGAGACUCUGAGAGCUGUUGAAAUGGUUAAAGAACCCGAGGAACCAGCUGAAGCAGAGUGUGAUGUUUUCGAGGAACCCAAGAGCAGCCUUCUACAGGAACCUACGCUAGAGGAGUCAACGCAGGCAUCGUCACCACCGCCACUUGUGGAUUCCUGUGUUCAGCCUGUGUGUUCUCAGAAUUCACCAACCAUUGACAAGGAAAGUUUGUCUGCUAACCAGUCGCCACUGAACAGAAGUCACGACGACAUUGUCGGCGACAACAGCAACUUCAACAACAGUAGUGAUGCAACUGUGCAAGAGUUUGAUUCGUCAGACAAUCUGGAGGUGUUUGCCAAGGAGCUGCAGAGCAAAAUCGACCAAAUAGAAAGCAGCGGUGGUGCGGAGAGCAUGCCCAGCGAACCGAUCGCUCAGCAGGACAACAUGAGCCUGAAGAGCGUUAACAGUGACAAUAUGAGCAUGAAGAGCGUUAGCAGUGUGGGGCCUCCCACUCCGAGCCACCGCAGCCAAAGUUGUGGUAGUGUGGAGCCACAUACACCCAGUCACCGUAGUCAGAGCUGUGGCAGUGUCGGACAGGUGUUCUCACCCCAGAACAAUUCCGUGGGGAGCAUGCAGCCCAACACAAACAUGGGCGGCAAUACAUAUAGUGCUGUGGAGAUCGAUGUCGCCCAGUUGGGCUUGGAAUCUCCGACUUCUAUCAGUAGUAAUGAAAUGGCGAACAAUUCGGUAGAGAGUGCGUCUACGCCGCACGCUCAGAGCUAUGUAGACUGUGUUCAGGCUCAGAGCUGUGUUCAGCAACAGCAGCAGGCUCAGAGCUGUGUUCAACAACAGCAGCAGCAGCAGCAACAACAACAACAACAACAACAGCAGCAACAACAACCACAGCUCAUACAGCAUUGUGGUCAGACGAUGAGUUGUGCUCAGGCUCAGAACUAUUGCAAUAGUGCGGGACGGUUUGGUCGGUUCAUGGACACCGUAAACCCAGUGAUGCAGAUGCCAGUCAGCAGUUCAGGCAACUACCUGCCGCCUGCAACGAGUUCUGUGAACUACGGCACGCCCGUGUCGACGUACAGUCCCGCCAUACUGCCCUCCCAGCCCCCUCACACACACAGACUGAUGCACAACAACACCCCUUGCUCGGUGCCCGUGGGCCAGCACCCGCCAGGCUACCAAAUCCCCAACAACUGCAGCCUGUCCAAACUGCAGCAGUUGACCAACAACCUCAUGGACCUCGUGCCAGAAAACCAGAUGACUCCUCCGCCCAACUUAACCCCUCCCCCAUCCCAGACGCAUACCCUGACUCCCCCGCCAGCCAUGAUCCGCAACAUGCCCACUCCACCCAAUCCCAGCCUCCAGGCCCAGAUGUCGGCCAGUGCUCUUAUGUCCCAGCAGUGCAGCAAGUACCAGCGGCGGCAGAACAGCCGCAAGAACUCGAGCAGUUCUAGUGUUACCCCUAACGUGACGGUCAAUCCGAACAUGACGUUCACGCCCAACGUGACGAUUCAACCCGGCUCGGGCAUGCUGCCUCGCUACAACAUGAACAUGUUCAACGGCUACCGGCAGCCGAUGAACCUGCCCAGCUACAUAAACCCGAGUUUCCUGAACCAGCUGAACCAGCCGCAGCUGCCCAUGCAGAUGAUGAACAUGCACCACCAGCAGUCGUUCCAGCAGCAGAUGCAGCCUCCGCAGUCGAACAACCCUAUGUACCAGACGUACGGCUACAUGCCAGGACCGCCACUCAAUAUGAACAUGAAUAUGAAUAGUGUCAUGCGCAGAUAGGGUUAACUCUGCGGCUUUUUUUUUCUUUGCUUUUUUUAAAUACAUUAUCCUCACUCCCCUGUUCCAUCAGACCAUUGUUUUGAUUCUUCAACGCCAUCAUUGUCACCAUCAUCAUUAUUUAACCAAGUGUAGUUCUCACAACAUCUUGCUCAUUUUGAAUAAUUCAUAUCGAUGACCAUGCUUGCAUUAUUUAAGAUGUUUUAUGGCAAAUGGCAUCAUUUGGCUCUUUCAUUACCAAGGUUAGUUUAUGAGAUUUAAUGUUAGAUCUUCAGCAUCAGUUAACAGCAAUUUGAGUUAUUGGUGGACGAGUUCAUUUGUAUUCUGAGUUGAGCAAGUACUUUGUUAAAGGUAGCACUGAAAGAUCAUUAUUAUAUAAUUUACUUGUUAUUACAAACAACACUGAAAAACACUUUUAGGUGCUACUUUUGUUUUGCAGAGUUGCACACCAAAAGAUAUUUAAUUAUAUCACUUGUUAGAAGCAAAUUUUAAAAAUGCAAGCUUUACUUACACAGGGUGAUGUCAUAUCAUUUCUGUCUAGUUAUUAAUUAGUUUCUUCUUUAAAGGUUAACUUUUAUAAAAUUGUUAACAUGAACCGUGUAGUUGACAUCUAUUUUACUGUCUACUUUGUAUUCCCAUUAAUGAGUCAAAAGUGUUGUUCCUACUUUUGCUUUCAUGUAAACACUUGAAAGUGUCUUACAAAAUAACCAUGCUAAACAGUUAAAUCUUUAUUCAAAAACAAGCAUGAAAUCAAUAUUUAUACUUUACGUCAUUCUUUAUAAUUUUAAUUAAGUCACUACACAGUGAAGUAAAGUCCCUAUUCAAGGGAGUUAGCUCAGUGGUACUGUUUCCUUUUGGCCCAGACGCAAUUUAAUACAGGAUUUUCAAGGUUUGUUAAAUUGGAAGUGGCACGUAUGCAAUGUCAUCUACUGGUAUUUGACUCCCAACAUGGCAAAAUAUUUUUUGUCUGGUUUUAACUGCACUUUAUAAUAAAGUUAACCUUCAAAUCAGGACUUUAAAAAGAUAAAAAGAAGAUUACAUUUUUAUAAAAUCUUAUUUUAUAAAUGGUUUAAGGGCAAUAUUAUAAAAAUUGCAUUUAUGUAGUCAUGAAGAAAAAGCAGUGAAAUACAAUGUUGAGAUCUCAUCUUGGUUGUGAAUGAGCCAGAUAUAGGUUUAGUUUAUAUAGAAGUACUAAUGGUUGUGGAGAGUGUGUUGUCUUACAUUCCACUAUGGUGGAAAUCGUUUCGUCUGUGCAUUUUCUGUGCAUCUCAAAAUGCUUACUGGGGUAAUGCUAGCAAACCAAGACUACUGUUCCAAAGACUUGUUUUCCAUUUAAUCCUUGUCAGACAGUGAGAAACACUUUUUCCAGUUCCGUACCUUGUGAUGAUCUGAACCCAUGAAAAACUAUUUUUUCAGUAUUCAUUACAAGUAAUGGUAGAUUAUAUUACAUGAUAAUGGGUAGUAUACUUCCGGUUCCAUGAUUUAGCCAAUUCACUACCAGAAACGGUUUAUUUUCGUAAAAUCCUUUGGCUUGUGAUUUAGUAGUGGUGUUCAUUACAUUUAAACCGGCCUCGGUGGCGGCGUGGCAGGUCAUCGGUCUACAGGCUGGUAGGUACUGGGUUCGGAUCCCAGUCGAGGCAUGGGAUUUUUAAUCCAGAUACCGACUCCAAACCCUGAGUGAGUGCU